UGCAUAUGGUGUCUGUUGGAAUUGGUCCACUGACCACAUCACUGACAUGUUGGAUUAAAAUCAUAUUUAUGUAUGUUUUUCUACCUAUGCAAUCUCAUUAUUGCCAGUUCAGCAUCUUGACAAGUGGGUCACCCUGUAAGUCUGAAUACCUAUUUACAGUGCGAUACUAUACUAUUAGGAUAGGUGGUGUUUAGCAAUCCCCUGCUGUUUUGAGAAAAGCCUACUGCAUUCUUUAACGUGCACAGAGCCAAGUAGUACACAGGACCAUCUGCUUAUUGUCUCAUCCUAAAGACAAUGCACUAGCCUGUGCUGUUCUUGUUAAAUGGGGAAAGAAGCAUGAUGGAAAUUGAACCAGCAAAUCCAAUAUCACCAAGGUUCAGUGCACACACGGUUGCUACAACCAGUUUUAACCAACCACAUUAAAUGCAAUUGUAUUUAUGUAUGUAUGUAUGUACGUAGGUGUGUAUAUGUGUGUGUAUUUAUAUGUGUAUGUAUUUAUGUGUGUGUAAGUAUCUGAAGAAUUGUGGCCAUCGUUUGCAUUUAUUUAUUGCAGUCAUUACAGAAGAGACAAUUCAAGAAUGGAAGAUUGAAGAAAAGGCUACUUUGUGCUCCAAGGCUAAGCCUGUUAAAGCUACGUGGGAAGAGAUUUAUGUUGAACAGCUGCAGAGACUGAAUUCAUUAAGGGAGUGUAUACAAGAAGACAAGGAUCCAGAUUUAAUUGAGCAGUAUACUAGACUACAGAAAUCUGUUGCAUGUUUAGAGAAAGCAAAGGGAAUCAGCAAAAGAUGGCACAAAAAUGAGUUAAAAUAUAUAUCUGCAAAUGAUGUCCUUCAAAGAAGGUGCCAAAAAAACAUCCUUGACAAGAUGAGGGAAGGAGCUCAAGAACGGAUGUUUCUUUUGGACUUGAAAAAGAAGUAUUAUGAUGGUCAAGCAGUUGCAAAGAGACUUUGUGGUCAAGUUAACCGGUCAAGUAACAACCUAAAGAAGCUUCUUGCUAAGUAUAAAGCAUUUGGUGGAAAUGACAAUACAACAUUUGCUGAUGUUUCCAACCCGGAUGGUAACAUCUACCUUCCAGCAUGUGAG